AUGACUUCUCCUCCAAUUCGUCGUGUAGCCGUUAUCGGUGCUGGUGUUUCUGGGGUGCUUACUGCUGCGCACCUCAAAUCUGAGGGGCUGGAUGUGACCGUCUUUGAACGAGCACCCGUUAGCGGAGGCGUGUGGGUUUGGGACUCUAAAGUUCCGCUUGAGCCAACCUAUCCGUCGGCAAAACCGUCCGUGGCAUCGUCAACAUUCUACAACCCCCCAGAUAGCAGUGACAAGUACAUAUUGCAUUCAGGCCCAGGACCGGCCUAUGACAGCUUGAAGAACAAUGUUCCAACGGAGUUGAUGGAAGUAAGCCUAAACUCGUGGAAGCCCAACACCGAGUCUUUCGUGGGCCAUCACAUUCUAGCGGAAUACAUUCAAGACACUGCCCUCAAAACUGGGGUAUCGAGCAUCACUCAAUUCAACACCCAAGUUCAAUAUGUUAGAAAGCACCAAAGUCAGUGGGAGGUUCAAACCUCUACGUGGGAUCAUGUCAAGCAAGAGACCACUUCUCGAGAAUGGACAUUCGAUGCCGUUGUCGUAGCUUCUGGGCACUACCACGAUCCCAAGACCCCACAUAUUUCUGGGCUUUCGGAGUGGAAAAGUGCAUUUCCAUCAAGGAUACAACACUCAAAGGGAUAUCGAAAUAGCCAGGGAUUUGAGAACCAAUCAAUCCUUCUCAUUGGAGGCAGUGCCUCGUCUGUUGACAUUGCCAAAGAGCUUGCUCCAAUCGCCAAGAAAGUCUGGCAGUCAACAAGAGGUGGUUUGUUUGAUCAUCCCCCUUCCAUUUUGCCCGAGAAUGCCGAAAGAGUUGCACAAGUAUCCAGCUUCAGUCCCCUUCAGAAUACCGACCAUGAAAGGUCCGGCGCAAUUCCUGGAACGGUGACUCUGGUUGACGGUCGAAUUCUCGACAAUGUUGACAGGGUGAUUGUUGCAACAGGAUACCAAUUCACACUCCCCUUCUUACCGGAGUACCACCAAGAUGAUGUGAAGCCGGAAGACGCCGACGAUCGAAUUCUUGUAUCGGAUGGUUUACAGCUGCACAACUUGCACCAAGAUAUCUUUUACAUUCCAGACCCUACACUCGCAUUUGUUGGAGUCCCCUUCUACACUGCAACAUUUUCUCUCUUCGAGUUUCAGGCGAUUGCAGUUGCUUCGUUCCUUUCUUCAAAGGCCACACUUCCAUCGGAGCUUGAAAUGAGAGCCGAGUAUAGGAAAAGAGUCAAAGACAAGGGUUAUGGAAAAAAGUUCCACAGCUUGUGGGGAGUUGACGUGGAAUAUGCGGCCGCGUUAAUGGAGUGGGUUAACCAAGGGAGACCACCAUCAGAAAAGAAGCCUGAUGGAUACUCGCAGAAAUGGAUCGAGACAAAGGAAAAGAUGCGACUGGUCCCAAACCCAAAGAAUUCCUUGUAUCAAGAAUCUCAGUAA